GCACCGGUAAGAUUUUCAGGGAAAGGACAAGAUUUUUUUAAAAAAGAAAUUCAAUGUUCUGCUGAUGGCAAUUUGAUGCCAUCAAAGACUGAUUUCACGGAUCUGAAAUUGCAGAUGAUUAACUACCAACAUGACUUCUGUUUCAAGUGAUGUGUUUGAAGCAGUGACUAGUCAAUUAUUUGUGGAACUAAGACAAGUUUACAAGGAUACUGGAAAAGUUACAGAUGAAAUUUUGUCAGCGUUGAGUAAUGUAUAUCAAGCUCCGUUAUUGCCGGCAUUAGAUCUGGUUGACAGUAGAAGUGUUUCUCGACUUGUUUGUCCUGCAGGUAGACAGUUGUAUCAGGUGAUUGGAAGUUCAGGUACACCAUAUACAUGUUUCAAGGGAAAUCACUACUGUUCUUGUCCUGCAUAUAGAUUCUCUGUUUUGAAUAAAGAGGAACUAUCUAUGUGUAAGCACGUACUUGCAGUGAAGCUGUCAGAUGCUAUGGAGGUAACUAAGAAACUUGAAGUGACAGAUAAAGAAUUGACUGACUUGUUGAUCAACUUGGAAUGAAAAACUGGACUAAAGCAGAUAUUCAGGAUUUUUAAGAGGAGGUUGAAUGCUGCUUAAUUUUUAUCGUUAUAAUUUAAGAGUAUUUGAUAUGGAAGGAGUUUAUAAACUGAACUGAUCACUUUUACAAAAACUGUGAGUUCAGUCACAGGUUUAUAAUAUGAUUAUGAUAAAGAGUAAAAACAUACAACAUGAUUUGAAUAAACUUUCAUAAAAUCUGCAGGGGAGUUAACCUUCAGUAUGUUUGGUUUGAAACAUCUAAAUUGAGCUAUUGAUGAUGAGGGGCAAUAUUAUUAGGUAACAGAUUUCUAAGGGGGGGAAUAAACUUGUUGUCUUGUAAGUAAUUGAUUUGCACUGUAGAGCACAGUAAUUCUAACCGAACUAAAAUUGAAUAAGAUGCUAAAUGUAAAGAAAUUUUAAUUACAUAACAUUUUAUUUCAAAUGUAUUACAAUAUGAACUAUUCCUGUAAUAUAAUGUAGUAAUGACAGGCCUGUCCAACAGAUAGGCCAAUCAAGUGCAUUGUUACACAGGCCUGUCCAAACAGAAAGGCCAAUCAAGUGCUUUGUUACACCAUAUAUGCACAGCAUAAAUAGGAAUUCUUACACCUACCUUGUAUGAAGUCAGAUAUAUGCAUUUCACACCUUUUAAGAUAAAUGCACUUUCAGUAUUUGCACCAUGUGAUGUUCCAGUAGAAAUCAUAUUGGAUCCAAUCUUAUAUCAAUUUAGCCUUGUUUUCAUUUCCAGAGUACGAAAAUCAAUAUAAAAUCUAUAUCGCACCCCAUCUAGUCUCUUUUUCUUUCUUUUUAAGAGUCAAAAAUCCAUGUCUAAUCAUCUUUGUAAUUGAAGUACCGGUAAUAAAGUUCUGAUGUCAAGAAAUGGUGGUGUGAAAUAAAGAGGUCAUUUAACAUUGUGGAGAACAAUACUGAUCCUAUUGGACUUGUACACAGCUGCAAUAACCAUAUCAGACUUGGCUAGCAGCUCGUUCCAAUAUAGUAUUAACAGCUGUUUACACAUCCAAUAGUUCAGUAUUGUACUCAACAAUGUAUAAUAACCUCAUGAUAUAUCAAUAAAUCAAAUGGUGCCAGGAAUAUUACUUCUAUACUCGAUGUAGUUCACUUAGCACAUUAUAAGUAUUUAAUCUGUCGAAGAAUAUAACUGAAAUACAUUGUAUUGUUAAACUGGCUUGGAACGUAAUAAUAAAACAGGCAGAUUACUUCUUUUUUUUAUUAAAAGACAUCAUUUGGCUUGUGUAUAUAAUUAAAUUUUAUACAUUUAAUUAUAUUACAUUUAAUUAAUAAUAUCCAUCAAUAUCAUUCUUAAAUUAAGAUCCAGGUACAGGCUACUGAUAUUAACAAUGAAUAGAAAUUGUGAAAUAAAAAAAUGGAAAAAAAAAAUAAUAUUGUUAAGGUAUCUCAAUGAAGUAUUAAGCUUCCCACCGUUACAUUUUAUUAUUAUUGUUUCAUUUUGUUUGUAUAUGAAAUAUUUGUUAUUUUGUCAUAUGAAUUGAAUAAAGCUGCUUUAUU